AUGGCGGAGCUGCAGCUGGACCCGGCGAUGGCGGGGCUGGGAGGGGGCGGCGGGAGUGGGGUGGGCGACGGAGGCGGCCCAGUCCGCGGGCCUCCCAGCCCACGCCAGGCUGGCCCCACGCCCCGCGGGCACGGCCGCCCGGCCGCCGCCGUCGCGCAGCCACUGGAGCCAGGUCCCGGACCCCCAGAGCGGGUAGGGGGCGGCGGCGCGGCCCGCUGGGUCAGGCUGAACGUGGGAGGCACCUACUUCGUGACCACCAGACAGACCUUAGGCCGGGAACCCAAGUCUUUCCUCUGCCGCCUCUGCUGCCAGGAGGACCCGGAGCUGGACUCAGACAAGGAUGAGACGGGGGCAUAUCUGAUUGACAGGGACCCCACCUACUUUGGUCCUAUCCUAAACUACCUCCGCCAUGGGAAACUCAUCAUUACUAAGGAGUUGGCAGAAGAAGGUGUGCUGGAGGAAGCGGAGUUUUACAACAUUGCAUCCCUUGUGCGGCUGGUUAAGGAAAGGAUACGGGACAAUGAGAACAGAACUUCACAAGGCCCCGUGAAACAUGUGUACAGAGUCCUGCAGUGUCAAGAAGAAGAGCUCACACAGAUGGUCUCCACAAUGUCCGACGGUUGGAAAUUCGAACAGCUCAUCAGCAUCGGAUCUUCCUAUAACUAUGGCAAUGAGGAUCAGGCAGAAUUCCUCUGUGUUGUCUCCAGAGAACUAAAUAACUCUACCAAUGGCAUCGUCAUAGAGCCGAGUGAAAAGGCGAAGAUUCUGCAGGAGAGAGGAUCACGGAUGUAAACUAAGACCCUGAAACUCCAGACCUUCAGGAGAGCAGUCAGCAGAGCCCCUCUGUGAAGUGAAACCUUGCUCCUGUCCAGUGACUGAGCCACUGCAAAGCACUGCUGAGCCUGGCCCCCUAUAAAGAAGUGUUCUGGUCAAAACUAAAGGAACUCCCUCCCCACCCACAGGACUCCGAAGACAGAUGCGAUUUCUGGCUGCAGAAUACCUUUUCAGAAACCUGUUUUCAUUUUCUUAGCCAGUGUUAGAACAGAUCUUUACAACAGCGGCUGGGCUGGGUUCCCAGUCAGAGCCUUUUGGGAAUCUGGGGGAUGAGGGAAAUGGCCUGUACUUUUAGGAAGGUGGAGCAAAGGAAAGAGGAUUGUUCCUGCCCGUGCCAUGGUUUCACCCGAUGUGUGCCACAUUGGAUGUUAGCAGCUGCUUUGGAACACUGCCCCUCCUGUGCACCCUCAAAGACCUGCAGCAGAUGCAAAGGGUUCUAGCUGCAAUUUGUUGAGUUGAGGUUUUAGGUAAAGCAUAGAGAUGCCAUAGCACACCACAUUCCCAUGAAUAGAGUCUCCAAGGAAAGGGAGGAUGGGGUGUCCUUUAUUGUGUUGAUCAUUUCUCUGGAUUUGGGGCUCUCAGCUGCCACCACGUGCAGCUUUGCCUCAGUUUUCUCCAGCUGCCGGGACCCUCCGGAGAGCUUGCUUUCCCUCCAGUAGGAGGUUUGAGACAGGCAGCAUCCUGCCCUGAGUCAGCCAGCCAAGUGGGAGCUUUAGGGAGCUGAUGGAACUGCACCUGCAGCCUCCUCUUGCCCCCAUUGACCCUGUUACCUUCCCUGGCUUUUUCUACUGGACCAAAGAUGAAGGGACUUAACGGACCUUUUGAUGGCUUGGGGUGGGGAAGGCUAUUUCUUUGAAAGUUGCCAAAUGUGUUACGUUGUUGUAUCUCAAAGAGUUAUUUCUGUGACUGUCUCUUGGAAAUGCCUUGACUGGAUGUGCAA